AUGACGAGGCAAAUUGUGCUCCGUCCGGCGACGCCGUCUGUGGAUCGCCGGCAGCUGUUGCAGGAGAACCAAGAUUAUUCCUCCUCCAGAGGUGGCGGCCGGAAAGUCAGCUUGGCGGAGGUUGCUGGCGGGACAGUGGCUGAAUGCGCAGCGGUGUGCUGUUGCUGUCCAUGUGGGCUGGCGAAUCUACUGGUGCUCGCCAUGUACAAACUUCCAGCAGGGCUAUGCCGCAAGGCUUUGCGGCUGAAGCGCCGUCGUAGGUUGCCGCCGCGAAAGUGUUGUUGCGAUGAUAAGGAGCUUCAAAUUCUCACCAUGUCCGGCCCGGUGGCGAUGGUGAAUGCACUGGAAUUGGACAGCGAUGUUGCUCAAUUAGAGAGGGAAAUGUGGGAGAAAUUUUAUGGUGCUGGUUUCUGGAGAAGUUCAUCUCAAAGAAGUGAAACGUAA